AUGUGCUCUCAACCUAAGAGCAGUCACGUCACGGUGAGUGUGGAUGUGCGUGUUGAUUGUUCGUGUUGUUCAAGUUAGCCGGACUGGGGGAAUAACAGGCGGACAGACCGUGUUGCAGAUCUCAGGAAGUUUUGUCUCCGUUUCGCUGAGCGACUCGUUUCUGCUCCGCUUCGCUCCGGAACCGGACCUGUGAGAUGACCCAGCGGGGCCCGGCCGAGUUUACCCCACCGCCGGAGUGCCCGGUUUUCGAGCCCACUUGGGAGGAAUUUGCAGACCCUUUCGCGUUUAUCAAUAAAAUCCGACCCAUCGCCGAGAAAACCGGGAUCUGCAAGGUUCGACCGCCGCCGGACUGGCAACCUCCAUUUGCAUGCGACGUUGACAGACUUCAUUUUACUCCUCGAAUCCAGAGACUCAAUGAACUAGAGGCUCAAACCAGAGUUAAACUCAACUUUUUGGACCAGAUUGCCAAGUUUUGGGAACUGCAAGGAUGCAUGCUCAAAAUUCCCCACGUAGAGAGGAAAAUUCUCGACCUGUAUCAGCUCAACAAACUGGUCGCAGAUGAGGGGGGAUUUGAUAUUGUUUGUAGAGAGAGGAGGUGGACAAAGAUCGCCAUGACAAUGGGUUUUGCACCUGGAAAAGCUGUGGGGUCACACCUGCGAGCCCAUUACGAACGGGUCUUGUACCCGUACAACCUUUUCCAGUCUGGAGCAAACCUGCUGGCUCCUGAACUCGCAGCCAAACUGGCACGUUUUGGGGCACCUCCUGUGAUGGAGGAGUGUGUGCAGAAACCAUCACUUGAUGAUGUCAGUGGCAGCGGAGACAAAGAGUACAAACCCCACGACCUACUGCAGAGGCAAAACAUUCAUAUGCCACCCAGUGACACGAGCGGCGCACCUGCUAGAAGAGCCAAGAGGAUGAAAACAGAGUCUGCUUGUGUUAAAUCAGAGGAAGGUGAAGGGUGUGACAACAGGCCCAAUCUCAGGAGGAGGAUGGGUUCUUUCGUUGCCAAGCCUGAACCAGAGAAGGAGAUCCCUAUACAGGUGAAGCAGGAACCUGUUGAGAUAAAAGAGCCGAUUCCUGAGCCAGAGAAAACCAAAUCACGCUACAAGAAAAUCAUCCCACUUCCUCCUGUCAGAAACAUAGUGGACAUGUAUGUGUGUUUAGUGUGUGGAAAAGGAAACGAUGAAGAUAGGUUGUUGCUAUGCGACGGUUGUGAUGACAGUUACCACACCUUCUGCUUGAUCCCGCCCCUCUGCGAUGUUCCUAAAGGGGAUUGGAGGUGCCCUAAAUGUCUGACUCAGGAGUGCGGUAAACCUCAGGAGGCAUUUGGCUUCGAGCAAGCGUACAGGGACUAUUCUCUGAAAGCAUUUGGGGAAAUGGCUGACUCCUUCAAGUCAGACUAUUUCAACAUGCCUGUUCAUAUGGUGCCCACCGAGCUUGUUGAAAAAGAGUUUUGGCGAUUGGUCGGCACCAUUGAAGAGGAUGUGACAGUGGAAUAUGGCGCUGACAUCGCCUCGAAAGAAUUCGGAAGCGGUUUUCCAAUCAACGGCGGAAAGUUUAAGGUUGCGCCGCAUGAUGAGAAAUACAUUCACUGCGGGUGGAACCUGAAUAACAUGGCCAUGAUGACACCAUCAGUGCUGACCCACGUCACCUCAGAUAUCUGUGGCAUGACCCUGCCAUGGCUCUAUGUGGGCAUGUGCUUCUCUUCUUUCUGCUGGCACAUUGAGGACCACUGGAGCUACUCCAUCAACUACCUGCAUUGGGGUGAACCUAAGACCUGGUAUGGUGCUCCUGGUUUUGCUGCUAACCAGCUGGAAGCAGUGAUGAAGAAACUUGCUCCAGAACUCUUUGAAUCUCAGCCAGACCUCCUCCACCAGCUCGUCACAAUCAUGAACCCUAAUACUCUCAUGGCCCACGGAGUACCAAUUUACAGAACCAAUCAGUGUGCGGGAGAGUUCGUCAUCACUUUCCCAAGAGCCUAUCACAGCGGCUUCAAUCAGGGCUUUAACUUUGCAGAAGCUGUGAACUUUUGCACAGUGGAUUGGAUGGGACUGGGCCGUCAGUGUGUGGAUCACUACCGUCUGCUGCAUCGGUACUGUGUGUUCUCUCAUGAUGAGAUGGUGUGUAAUAUGGCCAUGAAGGCCGACAGCCUGGACGUGGUCCUGGCGUCAGCCGCACAGAAGGACAUGCAGCUCAUGAUCAAAGAGGAGAGAGAGCAGCGUGACAAAGUCCGGAAGCUGGGGGUGGCCAACUGUGAAUUGUUCAAAUAUGACUUGUUGGCAGAUGAUGAGAGACAGUGCGUGAAGUGUCGCACCACCUGUUACCUGUCUGCUCUCACCUGUCCCUGCAGACCAGGAGUCCAGGUGUGUCUGCACCACACCCACGACCUCUGCUCCUGCCCCACCUCCAACUACACACUCAAUUACCGUUUUACACUGGACGACCUUUACCCCAUGAUGAACGCUGUGAGACAGAGGGCGGAGUCUUACGACGAAUGGGCAUUGAGAGUUACAGAAGUCAUGGAAGCCAAACUAGACAAGAAACGCAAUGUCACAGUGUUUCGCACCCUUCUGGAGGAGUCAGAUGAGAAAUCUUUUCCAGAGAACGAUCUGUUACGUCAGCUAAGACUGGUCACUCAAGAUGCUGAGAAAUGCUCGUCUGUUGCCCAGCAACUGCUAAACGGCAAGAGACAGACUAGGUACCGCACAGGUGGAGGAAAAUCUCCUAAUCAGCUCUCCGUGGAGGAAAUGAGGUCAUUUGUUCGCCAGCUUUAUAACCUUCCCUGCAGCCUUACGCAGGCACCGCUUCUGAAGGAGCUGCUGAACAACAUCGAGGAUUUCCAGCAGCACACUGAGAAGCUUCUGUCUGAUGAAGUUAGCGCAGAUGCCGUCAGCGAGAUCGAGUCAUUGCUGGAGGAGGGCUCUCAGUUUGAUGUGGUUCUUCCGGAACUGCCGCUGUUACGGGAGCGUUUGGAGCAGACGCGCUGGGUGGCUGAGGUUCGGCAGGCAGAAGAUCCGGUGACCAACCCAUGUGGUCUCUCUUUGGAUAACAUGCGUCGGCUGAUCGAUCGAGGGGUCGGAUUGACGCCGCACCCUUCAAUCGAACGCACGAUGGCUUGCCUGCAGGAACUGCUCACGAUCUCGGAGGAACUGGAGGAAAAAGCGCAAGCACUGCUCAAAGCCAGGCCUCCAGAAAGUUUGGAAACGCUCUGUUCCCAGCUGACUGAGGUGGGUGGAGUUCCUGCAUACCUGCCAAACUGCCUCCUGCUGCAGGACACAGUCAACAGGGCUAAAGAAUGGCUCCAAGAAGCUGAUGAUUUACAGGUGGGAGGUCAGAUUCCAGUUCUCGGCUCGCUCUCUGAUAUGGUUCUGAGGGCUCAUGCUAUCCCAGUGCGACUGGAGCCUCUGGAACAACUGGAGCUUCUGGUCUCAGAGGUGCAGAGCUGGAAGGAGUCGGCGGCCAAAACCUUCCUCCUCAAAAACUCCCCCUUCACUUUAUUGGAGGUGUUAUGUCCCAGAUGGGAAGCGGGCAGCUCUUUAAAAAAGAAAAUGAAGAAGGCUAAAGGCGAGUGUGGAUCAUCAGGGAAAAAGAAGCUUGUGAAGCUAGACAGCAUGAGUGAUGUGGAGAGAGCACUUACAGACAGCAAAGACUCUGCUUCUGCUAUGUUUACUCUGGCUGAAGUGCGUUUAAAAGAAUUGGAGUCGCUUUGCUCUCUUCGUGCAGCUAACGAAUCGAAGCUCCUCCCUACAGCGGACUGCGUCGCUCUCAAAGUGUGCAUGUGUCAGCAGCCGGCUAUGGGUGCCAUGUUACAGUGUGAGCUGUGUCGAGAUGCUUUCCACAGCGUGUGCGUGCGCAGGCCAGCUGAUCCCCGCGCCACAGAACCGUGGCUGUGUCCGUUAUGCCUGCGGUCGACGAAGCCCCCCCUGGACAAGAUCACGUCCCUCUUAUCAUCCCUACAGCGAAUUCGUGUGCGGCUCCCAGAGGGUGAUGCAAUACGUUACAUGAUCGAACGUGCUGUCAGUUGGCAACGGCGAGCGCGAGGGCUCAUCGAAUCUCACAACGUUUCUCAGGAGUGCAGAGGAGCUUCACCUCCACACGGCGUUCAUCGGACCACAGGGCACAACAGGAAGCAGUUAUGUGGGUCUCCAUUCCGGUGUCAGGACUGGAGCGUUUCUGGGCAGGAUCAGACUGUGUUUUACACAGAGCAGCGAUGUAUCCCUCUCCAGGGUCUCAGUAAGGAGUUCGAGGAGCUUAUGGUGGAGGGCUUGCUUCUGCAGGUUUCUCUACCCGAAACUCAACAGCUCUACAGACUUCUGCUGUCCGGCCCCCCGACCAUAAUCACUCCCCACACAGAACACACAGCCUACCUCACUCAAAAACACUCCUCCUCACCACAGACAAAGAGAGAUGCAAUCACCGCAGCAGAAAAGAAAGCCAAGCGACGAAUGAACAGAGACGAGACCGAGAUCAGGGAUAGAGGGAUGAAGCCUAAAAGCAAGAAGCAGCGAAUAGGCACAGAGAAGAGGAGAGAGAGGAAAGCAGCGUCGCUCUCAGCGUCAGAUGUUUCUCAAUCAGAAGACUCGGAGGAAGAUAUGACUCUGUGUCCGGCCGAGAGCUGCCUCCAGCCAGAAGGAGAAGAAGUGAACUGGGUGCAGUGCGACUGCUGUAACCAGUGGUUCCAUAUGAUAUGUGUGGGGGUGUCAGCAGAACUCGCCGCUGAGGAAGAUUACAUGUGUGUGACCUGCAGCACAAUCAACACGGGCCGCCGGAAGUGAAACGCUCUCCUAACACCCUUCCUCCAUCCCUUCUCCUUGCUGUAUAACUGACCUUCCCUCGUUUCAUAACCCAUGACCUCUGACCUUUGUAACAACGGUGCUAUUUUACUUAUUUCGUUGGACUCUGUUGUCCUGAAUGAUACUAUUUGGUCACUUUUUUUGUAUUUUUACAGCUUUUUCCUUCCGUCGAACUGUUUGUGAUUGUCUAAAACAUGAUAUGCUAAAUGCUGAAUGAAUAUAGUGGUGCAUGGGUUUGUGUUUGUGUCGCUUUCUGGCGUGGAGGAGAGACGCUCUGAUUAAACCAAAAAGGGUAGUCUCUUCUGCAUGCGCAGUCAGAAACGACACAGGGCAAACAAAGAGUUUUCACCAAAUACAAUAAAUAAAUAAUAAAUACAGAGAAAUUAUUUUUUGGAAACCUGCCGUUUCAGUACACCGGCAUCUGGGAAUCUCUCCGUUGUGUUGUCUUUUUUCUUUGUAGAUUAGUUUUAUUUAUCGGAGCAAUAACGUUGUUUGUAAGUAAAGGAGGUUUCGGCGGUUUCAGUUGUGUUGGUGAUUUUGGAGUUGGUGGGCAAAUAUUCAGGAUACGUGACAGACACACAAAUGUCAUAUUUGUAGCAGAGUGAUGAGUGUAAUGAACUGCCACAAAACCUGCUCAUGCCGUUUUAAAGGGGUGAGGGUGGGGGGCGGUUGUCAGAGUGUGGGGGUUUAACCAGCUUGUUAAAAAAAUGUCCCAGUUUAUAGUGUGGAAUAAAACUCUUUGUUCUAAUA